GCCAGCAGAGGAAGACAGCUGUUUGAUAAUAUUUACACCAGGGAAGUGGAGUUUAAGAUCCUUAUUAUGUUGACGCUAGAAUAAUAACCAUGGAGUCAGUUGGUGUCCUUCUAAAUGUCUUCAAUGUCGAAGUCAGCAGUUUUUCUGUGACUCUCAGCCUCUUCCUCAUUUUUCUGGUUCUCCUCUACUGGUAUUCGGUUUAUCCAUACUCAGUUCUCUCUCAAUGUGGUAUCAAGCACCCAAAGCCGGUGCCAUUCUAUGGAAACAUAUUCCUGUUUCGUGAGGGUUUUUUCAGACCGAUUAACGAUAUUAUAAAGACAUACGGAAGAGUAUGUGGGUAUUAUUUGGGCCGGAGACCAGUGGUCGUGGUAGCAGAUCCUGACAUGCUCAGAGAGAUCAUGGUCAGGGAGUUCAGUAGCUUCCCGAACAGAAUGACUAUUCGAUUUGCCAGCAAGCCGAUGACUGACUGUCUGCUCAUGUUAAGGAAUGAACAGUGGAAGAGAGUGCGGAGCAUCCUGACCCCGUCCUUCAGUGCUGCUAAGAUGAAAGAAAUGGUUCCGCUCAUCAACACGGCCACCGACGCACUGAUGAAGAACCUGAGCGUGCACGCUGAGUCCGGAGAAGCCUUUGACAUCCACAGAUGUUUUGGCUGCUUUACAAUGGAUGUUAUUGCCAGUGUGGCAUUUGCAACACAGGUGGACUCUCAGAACAACCCGGAUGACCCGUUUGUCCGCCACGCCCAGAUGUUCUUUACCUUUUCUUUCUUUAGGCCCAUCAUGUUGUUUUUUAUUGCGUUUCCUACCAUCAUGGGUCCUCUGGCAAGAUUCAUCCCAAAUAAAAGACGAGACCAGAUGAAUUCUUUCUUCAUCAACAGCAUUCAGCAGAUCAUCAAACAGAGAGAGGAACAGCCUCCUAGUCAGAGGCGCAGAGACUUUCUGCAGCUGAUGUUAGACGCUCGAACCAGCAAAGAGUCCGCCUCUCUGGAGCACUUUGACACGGGGAGCCACACCCACGACGGCGAACAAAGGCGCCACCAGACGGCGGCGGCCUCGGAUCAGGAAAACGGCCGCCCUCAACCGCAGGAGUCCCCCGUCAGACGUCCCCAGAAAAAGAUGAUGACCGAGGACGAGGUGGUGGGUCAGGCUUUCGUCUUCCUCCUGGCAGGCUACGAGACCAGCAGCAACACGUUAGCCUUCACCUGCUACCUGCUGGCGCUCAACCCCGAAUGCCAGCAAAAGGUCCACGACGAGGUGGACGACUUCUUCACCCGACACGAUUCACCAGAUUACAUGAACGUCCAGGAGCUGAAGUAUUUGGACAUGGUUGUGUGCGAGGCCCUGCGGCUCUACCCUCCUGGAUUCAGAUUUGCGCGAGACAUCGACCAUGACUGUGUGGUGAAUGGCCAGUUCCUUCCCAAAGGGGCGACAUUGGAGAUCCCAGCAGGCUUCCUCCAUUAUGACGCCGAGCACUGGCCCGAGCCAGAGAAGUUCAUCCCAGAGAGGUUUACACCGGAGGCGAAGGCCGGACGCCACCCCUUUGUGUACCUCCCAUUUGGGGCUGGACCCCGUAACUGUGUGGGGAUGAGGCUGGCACAGCUGGAAAUCCGAAUCGCCUUAGUGCAUCUAUUCCACAGGUUCAGCAUCGUGACCUGUGCCGAGACCAAGGUUCCUCUCGAGUUGAAAUCGUCAAGCACGCUUGGACCCAAAAAUGGCAUAUUUGUUAAAAUCAUAAGAAGAGAUGGAGGUCAAGGACGAGAGGACACUUCACCAGAUGAAUAGAAUCUCCACUUUUAAUCCUCUUUGGAGGUGGAAGAAUCCCUGAAAUCAUGCAAAACAUCCUCCCGGGUAAUGCUGUAGUUUCAGCCGUUCAACAAUUUUCCUUCUCAGUUUACUUAAUGAUAUUUGCGCUGUUGCUGAAACUCUGCACACCUUGAUUUUUGGGUUCCUGGACAGAAAUAUGACCUCAUCAUUAAGUCGCUGCAAUAAUGAUCAUAAUACGAGCUCAAAGCUUUCUAAGAAAAUAUCCCUCCUCUUGAUUUUGCUUUAAAAAAAGUUGAAAGAUAUCACAUGAAACUAAACAACUAAACCUGAACACGCUAGCUGCCAAGAACUAAGGAAUUUCCUUAAUCUUGAAAAAAAAGAUGCUCAGAAACUAAUAUAAGACCCAUUUUGUGCAUAGGAAGUAAAUAAUGCUGAACAGUGGAAUUCUACAGAUGUUCACCUGUGGCCUCUUUAUACACAGCAAAGCAGUUUAUCAUUGUAACAAAAUGUAAUUUUCUGUUUGCACUUUUGCACAAGUUUUACUUUUCAUUUAAUUGAUUAAAUUAUUGUAGAUCUUGAAACGCUGUAUAAGGUAAUCAACACUUAUACAAUGAUCAAACUAAAACUAAAAUGCGGAGCUCAUCAGCUCAUCAGAUUUGGUCUUUGACUUUAAGAUAGUAGUUUGUACAUUCUGUGUCUAAAUACCCCUUUAAGCUCUUUAACUGAAUGUUACACAAUUAAUUCUUCAUGGAUCAAAUCCAGAGUCAAUCAAAAGUGUGUUGAUUGGGGGUGGACCCCAAGUUUUAGAAAAGAUUUCUGUACAUAUAGGUGUGUAAAACUUUCCGAUGAAAUAAUGGAAGAACAGUACAGCGACGUGAUUUUGAUGUGAAAAUGAGUUUUACUGACAUAAGAAGCGCACAUAUUGUUUUUUUGAGUCUGCCAUGGACCAAUCAUUUCUGUUACUGACAAAAAACAAAAAGGUCAAUUAAAUCUUCAAAGAUUUCAUCAUUCAGAAUAGGACUCUUCUCAGUAUUGGGAAGAACUGUGAGGCAUAGGAGUUCAGUUUGUCAUUAUUUAAUCAGUUACUUAAUCAGUUAAUUCACAAAUGUAACUAUUUGUCGCACAUUUUGACCUGUAGAGAAGAAUGUGAUGAUAGAUAAUAGAUUUUAUCUCUGAAUGUACACAAUGAGAGGGAUUUGCUGAUGAUUCAUUUAAACGUUUCCAUGAAACAGGUAAUAUAGGGACUGUUGGAAUGACAUAUUUAAAAUAAGUGAAAUGUAACAAAUUGUUCUGAGAUGCUCUGUGAAAAUAAAGACAUUAAACAUUAUCUUGUGAGACAUCAUUUUGUAAGGCUCACAACAAACCCUAACUUCUAUCCUUCACCUGAACACUGGAUCAACUGUCACCUUCAGAAUCCUCCAUUCUGGUAGGAGGAUUUUUUUGGAGAUAUGGGAUGAAAAGGAACAUUUUUGGGAACACAAAGUUUAAAAGAUUUAUUUAAAUACCCAAAUGUU